CAGGUGUGUAAACCUUCCAGUGCGCACAGGGCUGCGUCAAGCCAGCAGGUGAUUUGACUAACUUGUUUCCUUGUUUUUAAAUCACCCACUGAAACGCAGUCACUGUCAGAAGUCAGAGAGAAGCUGAGCUCAAAAUAGAGUCACACCUGAACCCUGAGCUCAGGAGGAUCCGUGAGAUAACCAGGCCUGGUGAAGGCGCGGGCGCGUUGCGUCGCGUCGGUCAGUGUUGGGGGAAGAAGUAUAUCAAAUGAACUGGGCUAGAAGUGAAGGUUUUCCCUCAGUCAUCGGUCUGUGUGGGGACAUCUGACACUUGGUUUCCUCUGCUGUUAUGGGUUUAAAAUGGCACCCGAUGAGGACCAACACUAACCACAGCAGUGCUGUCAGUGAUGAACCUGAAUGGAUUGGAUGUGGGCAGCCACCCCUGAGAGCUGAAUGUUGUUCCAGCAUCACAGUCACUAACACUGAGGUAGUUUUGAUUAAGGUGUCCAGUCUGAAGACAAGGUUGAACUAGGAGGGUCUUCAUCAUCACAUCCUCCUCCUCCUCCUCCCUGUGUCUUACCCCUGACUUCCUGUCCCUGCUGACGGCUGAAGCCUCAACAUCGUCUCCUGGGAGCUUCACCCUCGUCCUCUUGCUCCACCAGUCAUGAAUACAAACCUGAACUCUCACCCCCCUGAUGUCGCUGCUCCCAUUUCAGUCUGUGGUCCUCACAAUAAUUCCCAUGAUGCAUCUUUCUCCAGUGCGCCUUGCCCUCCAGUCAUUCAGACAAGUCACAGCUCUGUGACAGUGCUGAGCCGUAACCCUUCCCCCUGUCAGGCCUCAUCGGACCAAGAUGAAGAUCAAAACCCGAUCCCGUUACCAGAUCACUCUGCUUUGCCGCUUCCAGGCUCCAUCCCCAUCUUUGGCCUCAGGUCCAGGCCUGAGUCCAGCAUAGUUCCAGUCCUGACUCCAUCUUUAGUUCCUGCUGCCACAUUGAACCCUUACCCUAUCCUCCCAUCGUCCCAGGUCUCUGUCAUCUUCUCGUCCCCAGACCUCUGUCUAUCUCCACUCCCGUCUCCGUGCUCUGAGGAAUCCUGCCCGGACCUGGAGUGCUCCAUCUGCUUCAGCCAGUUCAACAACGUCUUUCGCUGUCCCAAGAUGCUUCAGUGCAAGCAUACAUUCUGCCUGGAGUGCCUGGCACGCAUGAACGUCAAGUCACCCGAGCCCAGCGCCAUCCAGUGUCCACUGUGUCGUGGCCUCACGCCCCUGCCCACCCUCGGCCUGCCCAGACUGACCACAGAUUCAGCUGUGCUGUCCUACCUGCCGGCCGCCAUGCAGAGGGUCUACAGCAUUCGCUUCCUCCGCAGCAAAGGGAGGCUGGAGGUCAAAAGGUCCUCUGAGGGUCGGAGGUCACUUCUGGGGGAUGGCGGCGUGGAGCUGGGCGGUGUGGGCGGAGCUCUGUUCAGACUGACGGAUCGGCCGGCGUGUCGAGCCUUCCUCCUGACGUCUAUGGUGAUGAUGAUGGUGCUGCUUGUGGGAAUCAUCAUCUUCAUCCUCACCUUCAAAAAGUGA